AUGAAUUAUAUCGUCCCCUUCUUAGCCCUCAUUUUCGGCCAAGGCGCCACCGCCGAUCUAGCGAAGGGCCCCAAAGGGCCUCUGAACGCCCUGGCGACAUUUGGCGACUCCUAUACGGACAUUGUAUCAGUUGGGGACGGCGGUGCGGCUUGGCCGGUCUAUGCUGCAGGCUACGCGAACGCGACGCUGUAUCCUUUCGCCAAGUCCGGUGCCGUAUGUGAUCAGAAUCUGACACCCCGCCCGUACCCCGGCGUUGUACAAGACGAGAUCCCCACUUACCUCGCCGAAGUGCAUAACAAGAGCAUAUCUACCUCUGCAGACGAGACGCUCCAUACUCUCUGGAUAGGCACAAAUGACCUUGGACCCACCACUCUUCUGACAGGUCAGGAUGUCACCAAGAACGCGACGAUCGCAACCGUUACCGCGUGUGCUGUCAAUUGGGCGAAGACCCUUUAUGAUUCGGGCGCCCGAGUGUUACUCUAUCAAAACUUGAUCCCUCUUGACCGGACCAUUCUCUACUCGGCCGAUGGCUACCCAAACCGGUUUUGGACCUCGCCUAAGAACAGUACAGAAUGGUCGCUCUACAUGCGAGAGCUUGUAUCUGGCGGCAAUUCCAUAUCCAGACUCAUGCUCCAGGCUCUUGCAACCACUCUUCCUGGGGCGCAUAUAGGUUUAUUCGACUCACACGCUCUCUUCACGGACAUAUUAAAUAGUCCGGGAACGUACCUGAACGGAACGGCGCCGUACAAUACGACAGGUUGCGUCAACUCAUGUGUCUAUCAGGUGGACAAAGGUGAUGAAACGCCGGUGUGCACCGUCGCCACAGGCUCAGACAGCGAUAGCUUUGUUUGGCAGGAUGAGCUUCACCCGUCGGAGCAAUCGGACCGUAUCGUCGCUCGUGAAAUUGCCAAUAUCAUGGAGGGCAAGGGGAGCAAGUGGGCGACGUGGUUCAGCUGA